CCGGAGGUGCUGCGGUCCUGAAACCUUCGCGAGUCACUCCGACUUGGGCGAACAGCACGCGGAAGGAUACGUCUCUGUGUGGUUCGGCUCUCGGCGUGAUCGAGCGAUACGCCGUCGCUUUACAAUCAGGAAGUGAAAAUUAUAUGUUUCAGUUUUCUUUUUUGUUUUAGCUGAACGCGAUGUCAACUCCUGCUAGACGACGUUUGAUGCGAGAUUUCAAACGGCUUCAGGAGGAUCCCCCGGCAGGAGUGAGCGGAGCCCCGUCGGAAAACAACAUCAUGGUGUGGAACGCAGUCAUUUUUGGCCCUGAGGGGACGCCUUUCGAAGAUGGAACCUUCAAACUUACAAUAGAAUUCACAGAAGAAUACCCAAAUAAGCCUCCUACUGUUCGUUUUGUCUCCAAAAUGUUUCACCCAAAUGUCUAUGCAGACGGUAGUAUAUGUUUGGACAUUCUGCAGAAUCGCUGGAGUCCAACAUAUGAUGUAUCUUCAAUCUUAACAUCUAUACAGUCGUUGCUGGAUGAACCAAACCCCAACAGCCCAGCGAACAGCCAGGCGGCCCAGCUUUAUCAGGAGAACAAGCGCGAGUACGAGAAGCGGGUUUCCGCCAUUGUGGAACAGAGCUGGCGCGACUGUUGACCCAGAGCCACUCACCACAAGGACACUGCCCAGCCUCAAGUCAAGAGAGCAGAGAGAAGAAAAAAAUGCAUCAUCUUUUUGGGAAACAUUAGCAAAAUAAUACACAUCAGCAUUUUUUUGAACCAUGGAUAUCUCCCUCCCCUAGCAUCGUCCUUUCUGUAACCGUUGCAAGGUAGAGUGCUGUUGUGCUGUGGUCACCUGCUCCCCCCAUCACGCAGAUUCCUUCUCCUGGAUAAAGCACCUUCGUUUGAUGUAAAUGUACCUUGUACUUGGGUUACUGACCAGCGUCUGUCUUUUACUGCUUGAUGAACCCCUCCCCCCCUGCAAGUUUUUAAACUUCUUUUGGUUUUUAACUUAACUAUGGCACCUUGCCGUUUUCUUCCCAGUGUUAAGCUCAGCCACACAGUAAGACUCAACUGUUUUGUCUGCAUUUGUUUGCAGAUGGACAUUUCUGCUGGGGGGUUUGUUUUGUAUGUGGCUUUCCAUGAUUUAAGACUGGAUUUUACUUUUUAAUUU